AUGUCAAAGCUUCUCCUUCAAAUCAAUGGAGUUGGGAGGAUUCUUUCCUGUAAGCCUCUCUGGCACCUGCACUACUACUCCUCAAAUACAGCGGCAUCAUCUAGAAAUCAACCCCAGAAUCCUGAUUCCAUGGUAGGACACCUCAUCGACUCGCUUGGGUUCUCCCAAACCCAAGCCCUCUCCGUCCGGAAAAGGUUGAGUGCCUAUAAAAGCUUCAAGCAAGACCCAGAUUUAGUCGUCAGUUUCUUUCAAGGAUUAGGUCUAGACAAAACCCAAAUCAAAAGAUUCAUUUCUACAGAGCCCAGAUUGCUUUUUUGCAGCGUAGACAAAGCCCUCAAACCUAGAGUUCAGAUCUUCCAAGACCUUGGUCUAUCGGGGCCGGACCUUACCGCGUUCUUGGCUUACCAUGCUUACAUUUUGAGGAGAACAGAUUGUUACAUAAGACGCCCGAUCGAAUGUUUAAGAGAUAUGUUAGGAUGUGACGAAAUUGUUGUCGAGGUUGUAAAGCGUUGUGGCCGGUUGCUUGAUCCUUAUGCACCCUUAGCAAUAGAACCAAAUGUUGCGUUGCUGCGAAAAUUCGGCUGGUCAGGUGACAAGAUUUCCAAGCUUAUAGUCAACAAGCCUUGGAUUAUAUUGCGAGAGACGAAGUGGCUUGAGGGGUUGUUGCAGGGUGUGGAGACUGAUUUUGGGAUUCCUCGCGAGUGCAAGAUGUUCUAUCAUGGGGUUUUGGUCUAUGCUUCGCUUAAGAAGUCGACGUUUGAUGAAAAAGUUGAGAAUUUUAGGAGCUGUGGCUGGACUGAUACGAGUAUCCGAAGCUUGGUUAGGAAUUUGCCUUUUACUUUCACUUUAUCCGAAGCUAAUGUUCGCAAAUCUGCGGGUUUUUUCAUGGGGGAGCUUGGAUAUACAGACGAGUACUUGGCUUCUCAUCCCGUUCUUUUAAGUCUAAGUUUGGAGAGGAGGGUGAAGCCGAGGUAUGAGAUUUUGAAGAUUCUGAUUGAGAAGAAGUUGAUAAGUGAGAAAGUGAAUCAUUAUAAUGCUUUCUGCUUUAACGAUCUAAAGUUUGUGAAUCUUUAUCUUCACCCCUACAAGGAUGAGAUACCGGAGAAGUAUGAAUCUUACAUGAGUAAUUGCAGAAGAGGUAUGGUUAGAAGGGCUGAGAAUUAG